CAGACGACAUGCCAAUGGGGAAAUUGACAUUAAGGGUCGACCAAAAAUGCAACAAAAAGCAGAGGAGAAAUGUCCCCUUGAAGAAGAGGAAAAGGUUGAGAAGGAAGAUGUGAUUAAAAAGUCACCAGAUGAAGCUGUUGGAAAGAAGACGGAUGGCUCUGUGUGUGAUGUGUUGUGGAGAAGUUUUUCGGACAGUAUCCCUGGCAAUUUCUCACAAGUUCCGCAAGCACCCUGAAUCAGUUAUUAAACACUAUUGUCCUCACUGUGGCAUGAUGUUCCCAAUUAAGAUAAAUCGUGACAAGCACCUGCUGACUCAUACAGGCAUGGCACCCAAGCAGCUUUUCCCUUGCUUGACAUGUGGAGUUGCCUUCUACAACUUCAGAGCCAGGAAGUUCCACAUGGACUCAGCACACAAAGG